AUGGUGAGUUUCAUACUCUGUAUUGGACUGGCUUUUUCGGACCUUAUUAGAUGUGUAAUGCUGUUGGUUAUUCCAAAUUUUUUCACGAGUCAAGGCAGGUCCUUCCUGCUAAUGUACGCCAUGGUACUGGUGAUGAUUUACCCCGUUACUAACUUUAGUAACAAUAUCCUGGUCAUGUCGGAAAGUGCUACGUGUGGACAAGGCAUGGCAUUAAAUGAAACAAAAGAUCUGGUUAAAACUGCAGUUUCUCCAAUAGCCUCGAUGGCUGAUGGUUUGCGAGAAAUGUUGAAGGCUAUCUCCAGAUUUGCUAGAUCCAUUAAAAGAGCUUUCGUGGCAAUGAAGAAUGCUAUACAAGAGAUUUGUUCAGCAAUAGCUCGAGUGUUUAAAUGGUUGGCCAGUAUAACUGAUAUAUGCAACGAAAAUAUGGGAGCACCUUAUAAGAAGUGCCUGAAGGCUUUCAAGGAUGCAUCUGAUGACUGUCAAGUAAAACUAGGAUUCAUGAACUUCUUGUGUGGAAUAGUGGAUAUUGUUGCCAGUGUAUGCAACGUGGCUCGAAUAGGUGAAUUGUUGUGCAUUGUGGUGGACGCUGUCGUGAGUUUUGUGGUGGACGAAAUUGGGGCUCCAAUAAAGGCCGCCAUUCACGACGUAGAGAAAAUGUUUUAUUUUAAUGUUUCAAUGGAAUAUCACUAUAAUUUGACGAUGGUACAAUCUAAAUCCUAUGAUGAUGUGAAGCGGGAUAUUAUGAAUGAUGUUAAAAGUCGACUAUCAGUCUUAGAUCAAGCCAUCACGGGAGCUGAAAGUAUUAUGAUGUUUACCUUUCUACUGGUGUUCGUCCGGGCAAUGUUGUAUCGAUGGAAAUAUUUGACUAAGGAUAAAUAUGACAAUACGUAUAUGACUGAAACAAUCAAAUAUAUCGACAACAAGAGAAAACUGAGAGGCUUGCCAACUAUACUCCCUUUGCGGACAAAAGAAAAACAGAAAUAUAUCGGUACCUUCUCGCCAAGUUUCACCGAAAACGAACAAAAGAAACUAUUGAAAGGAAUUGUAUUUCUUGUAUUGAAUAUCAUCAAUGCAUCAUUUUACAUCUUGAGUGAUUACAGUUUAUAUUGGACUCUAUUAUUGAUCAAGGAGCAGUUACAGAUAAAAACAACGGCCCCUGUACCCGCUCAUCUUAAAGUACAUGUACAGGGUGAAGGAUCUAUGGCUGAUAUGUAUCGCUCCAUGAUGGGUGUCCUUGACCCUGUAACGGGUCAUCAACUAAACGUGGAUACCACACCGUGCAUGCCGAACCCUGGAGUACCCAAUUACAGAAUUUACAAGAUUGUUACUGGCAUUUUGAUUUGUUGUUUGAUAACGAAUAUCUUUGAAGCUUAUGGUUUACGACUCCGGCAUAUCAUCGCAGGUUGUUAUUAUCCAAAACGAGAUCACGCCAGAGCUAUUUGGUUGUACAACAGAAUUCUGAAGAUGAGGGGUAAACUUAAGUAUAAGAUGGCAAGAAUGAUGAAACAUAAGUAUCAAGGAGUCAAAUCUACUGAAACCACCAGUUUAAAGGCUCGUAUAGCAAUACAGUAUCCAAGGAUCGGUAAAGUUAUGAAAUUUCUGGGUUACAAACAGAAGGCUUGUAUAAAUUGUGGUACUGAAGGAAAAGAGAAAGACUAUGAAAAUUUCCAUCAUUGUGAAGGUCCUGGGUGUAAUGCCGUAUACUGUUUGGAUUGUUUCGUCGAUCUUAACAAUAUAUGUAAUAUAUGCAUGAAUAUUUUGGACUAUGGUGAAGAUUCUGAUAUAAGUGAAGAACUGGACUCGAGCGAAGAUGAAUUCCAUGUUCUGGCCAUGAGAGAAAAGGCUAGAGCACGUAAAAAGAAGAUAGAAGAAAUCCGAGAGAGGAAUAGGCUGAGUAAUACUAUACUAGAAUUCAGAUAUCUGGCUGGUAUCAGCGCACAAGCGACCGCGUCUGAAGUUAUUGAAAUGGAUAGAAGGGCGCCGUUAAUAGAAUCCGAUGCGUCCACCGUCUCCAGUUUCGGCAAGCCAGCUGACCAGAAAGGUAAAGGUCUGUUGUUAUCACCAUCUAGUAGUAGCUUGAGUAGCCUAACCAGUAGUGAUUAA